AUGCCGACAGACCACCCCUCAACCUUGUAUCCCCAGUCGUCCUCCUUGGGUUCCUUGUCCUGCCAAACCAUUCUGCCCCAAUCCCUACCUGGCUUCAGUCACCUGGCGCCUCUCCCUAAAUUCUUGGUUGGCCUGGCUCUAAGGAACGCCCUGGAGAACAUGGGCUGCCUGGCUGAAGCCCAGGCCCUGCAAACACAGCUCUACCGCUGGGGUGGUGUGAAGGCCACCCGUGGCCUCAUCCAGCAUCUUCAAGGGCUCCAGCAAGCAGACCGAAGCACCCACAGCCAAGUCUCCACUGAAGCCCUGGUCUCUGCCCUGGGACUGUUGGCCCUGGAGCAGACAGGCCUGGGGCGGGUCCAGCGUGCCCUCCCCAGUGAGAUCUGUGAGAACAAGCGGGAGCAAGGUGUGUACAGUCUGGUACGGCUGCUGCCCACAGUGGGAACCUUCUACAACCUGGGCACAGCUCUGUAUUACGCUGCUUACAACUGCUCAGACAAGGCCCACCAGCGGGGCCAGGAAGGCACCCUGGAUCUGGGCUAUGAUCUGCUGAUGGCCAUGUUCGGGCUGUCGGAAGGCCCCAUGGGUCUAGUCAUCAGUACUGCACUUAAGCCUGCAAUCAAGACCGGGGUUCAGCGGCUGAUCCAGUAUUAUUAUGCUGAGCAAGAGGCCAGCACUCCUUGGCCUGAGAGCAGCAUCCAGGGCUUGGGAGGUAUCCUGGCUAUGAGUGACUCAGAAGAAACAAAGACUCCUGCUCCUUGGGACUCCAAAGUGGCUGAUUAG